CAUCGUCCUCUCACCUCACCACACACGCGCGCGCGGCCGUGGAAGCCUCGCUCGUCGCACGCGCAGCGACAAGUCACCAGGUUUUAUGAGAGCGCCAGGGAGCGGCAGUGAGCGGCAUAGAGUCAUGUUGUUGAUGUUGUAGCAGGAGGCAAGACACGCGGCGCGCGGGACGUACACACAGGUCCACAGAAACAAGGUACUCACGGGAACCAGGAACUCGCGGGAACCAGGUACUCACAGGAACCAGGUACUCACAGGAACUGAACCAGGUACUUACAGGAACCAGGAACUUACAGGAACCAGGUACUCAAAGGAACCAGGAACUUACAGGCACUCACAAGAACCAGGCACUCACAGGAACUGAACCGGAUACUCGCAGGAACUGAACCAGGUACUCACAGUAACCAGGCACUCAAAGAACCAGAGGAACCAAGAACUUACAGGAACCAGGCACACGCAAUGCAACAGGAACCGGGCACUCACAGAAACUGAACCGGGCACUCACAGGAACUGAACCGGGCACUCACAGGAACUGAACCAGGUAUACACGGGCCACAGGAACGAGGUACUCAAAGGAACCAAGCACUCCCAGGAAGCAGGCACUCAAAGAACCACAAAAAAACAGGCAGUUACUGGACUUACAGGAACCAGGCACUCACGGGUUCUCUGGACUCCGCACUUUUCUUUUGGACAUACAAACAUACACACAGUGAGACAUACAGCCACAGUGGUGGCAGGACAAAGAUUCCAGACCCCGGCGAAAGCAUAGAGACAGCUCCAGACACCUUCCCCUAAACCUCCCUAUCUAAGUCAAACAACACCUGCGUCUGACUAGAUCUGCCCUACUUUCCAAACGUCCCAGCUGACAAGACUUCUCGAAAACAACAACAACAUCGUCGUCUUUGUCACUUUCCGAUCUACGGGCAAGGAUUUCCCUCGACUCCCCGGCAUCGCUCACUCACAGAGGAAGCACAUAAGUGGAACUCACUCACUCAAAGAGCAAUUGCAUUGGUAGAAUUCACUCACUCACAGAGGAAGCACAUAAGUGGAAUUCGCUCAUUCACUCACUCAUUCACUCACUCAUUCACUCACUCUCUCACUCACUCACUCUCCCACAGAGCCAUCACACAAGACUAACUUGCUCCCACAGAAUCACUCACACAGAAGCGUGGCAUACGACUGCGGCCAUUGGAAGCUAACAGAAAGGCAGAAAGAUCGUUUUACAGUUUUACCCCACCCCCCGAAAAAAUAAACCCUCACCCAAAAACAACAACAAACAAAUAACAAAUAAAACCCUCAGAGCAGAGAGGCAGACAGUUUUACACUAUUGCCAAAACUGUGAUCAGAGAGACAAAGGAAGCUCUAGAUCACCGCAGCCUGACUGACAGAGACAACCCACACGUUCUUCCAACCGGUGGGGGUUCAGAAAAGUUGAAACAAAAAAUAAGACUGCCCGAACAGGCGUCUAAAAGUAACACAAUUACAUGAGUUACCUUUUCCCUGUAGAGGAAAUUGACACAAAACUAAAGAAUUAACGAGUUGAAGUGAUGUGAUGAAGGAAGAUAUUAUAAUCUCACAAGUCUAUUUAUUUUUUCUGUGUCUGUUUAAAACAAUAACUUUAGAGACAGGUAUAUACUCAUUCCGUCCCCUGGUAACUGGAAUAUUUUUAUUCAAAUUGAGAACAAACACAAGACAUUACUAUUAACCCAUUUUCUAUGCUCGACGAAAAACAGCACAGAUUUCCAUUUCUUCUUGAACAAAUCUGAUAAACGUCUUCUCUUCUCGGCCUCUUUGACCACCAUGGCAGGGCUGACAUAUCGCAUAGGUCAAAGUUCGUCUUGAUGUUGUCUUGAAAUAAUAACAUUUCUGACACAGUCUUGCGCAUUUUCAUUCAGCACACCGCAACAGUUGUCAGAAGUUUUCCAUCUUGGAUUCUACGUCACUGAAACAGCGGCCGUGACUUGUCCUGAGAGUAAAGUAAAGGAUUUUCAACAGAACGUGGGCUUACAAAUGGAGCAAGUUCAUCCGAAAUAGGUCAACAAGCAACCCCUCCUCCCCCAGGACCACACACACACACCACACACACACACACACACACACACACACACACACACACACACACACACACACACACACCUGGUGGCUGCGAAGACGCUAGUGGACAAGUCAAGGAGUCAGCUGGGACGUGUGUGUUACGUCAUCGCUCACCCCCACACAGGCCUGGAGCUGUCUUGUGGCCUUGAGCCAUUUCUCUCGUCUGAUCCCCGGUCAAGCAUCCCCUCAGACUAGACAUUCCCAUAGACCGGACAAUGACCUCUAGCUGCCCCUCCCACCGCCCCAGCCACAAGUGGUCUCCCCUCCACCUGGCCCUCCAGCUCCUCCUCUCCUGCUGCGCGCCUUGGCCGAACCUCGCCUUCAACUUCCUCAGUCCUGCAACCGACAGACAGUUCGGCUUCCGCUUCCGGCUGAGCGGCCCUGUGGGCGUGGUCCGUGACAGCUGGGAUCCCACCUCCAUCUGGUGGCGCCACAAGCGGUCCGUGCACGGCCGGUUAGAACUGACCAACUAUCUCGCCAGUAUUCCUUUACAGGACUUGAGGGGUGUGUCGGGGCCUCUUACAAGUGUAGAUAAAACUUCCAAAUACCCAUCGCAGUCGUUGUCGUCGUCGUCGGCGGCUUUUUUGUCGAAUCUUAAUGACGUCAGCUCGUCGAGAUUACGACCUGGGAACACCAGGGAGCGGCAAACUGUUUUCAAAGAUGCCAGAAAGUUGGAUAAGUGGUCUGAGCGGGCGGCAGAGAAAGCGGUUCGCAAGAAGCUACAAAAGGCGCUGAUUCGGAACGCGCUCCGAGAAAGGAGUCGGCUGGCGAGGGCAAAUAGCUUGAAUGGCCGCAAGAUGAUGCUUGAGUCGAGAUCCUCGUUAGGUGGGCGCGCCCCGCUGUUGGUGGGGGCGUUGACCGGAACCCCUCGCCGCGCCAAGUUUGUGAGAAGAGAAAAGUCUGGCGGAAAACCGCGGAGAACCAAAAUGUUGCUGGCGGCGGAGAGAAUGGGCCAGCCCGUCUUACAGAGGCUCGCCUCUCUCUCAAGGGCCAGGGGCGGCGGUAUGACUUCAGUGCCUCAAAGCACACACCACGAGAACUUACAUUUCCCUCCUUUUGAAGAAAUAGACAGCAGCGGUAUCCAAACUGCUCCUUCCGACAGCCCGACGGAAGGGUUAGGGUUUCCCGCGCCGGGUAUCCAAAACGAGGUCCAGGGAGGAAGUGCGUCUGGUCUUCCCGCUUUGUCUAUGAUGGCCACCGGCGACGGGCAAAGUGGUAGAAAACUGCCACCACCACCAGACGCGAUAGAAAUCGCUGACCACUUCGGUGACGGCACCGUCGAGUGGUUUCCCCUGGCGAAAGGAACCGGAAGCAGAGAGAGCGCAGACGCGGGUUUUGGCUUCCACGACACAGCCGGCACUUUUCACGACGACCCCGUACUUCCGCUCGUGUCUGACGCGGAAGUUAAAGGGUUCACGAGCGAGGGGUCAUGGGCCAACUCUCAGGGGGCGUUCAUCGGCGGGCCUGUCGGGGGCUUUGAGCCGUUCCACUCAGACACAGAGGGCUUGGAGGGAGGGUUUUCUCAACAGCCCGACACGUCUGUGUAUGGGCUAGGAUCAGGGCUAGGAUCAGGGCUGGGCUCGUCAGGGUUUGGCUCAUUAGGGUUUGGCUCGUCAGGGUUCGGAGGCGGCACGGUGGAACCCACAGACGUGGAGAUAUGGCCGGACGGCGGGUUCUCUUCUGACACG